GUGCUCACGGGGGCAGCACGCGGCCGUCCCAGCCACCGCCUACCUCAUCAGAGACAGCCAUGCGGCGCGCCGCCCUGCUGCUGGCGACCUCCGUGGCGCUGGCGCUCGCCUCUGACACCGUCCUGUUCGACCCAGAAGGCAACUGUCACGUGCGCAUGCGCAGGAUGGCGCCGCGCACCAGGCGCUUCGUUGCGCCCGGCGCAGUCUGGAAGAUUGAGGUCGGGUUUGAGGUGCCCUGGAGCACAUUCGAGGUGUGGGCCCGCAUUCCCAUCUUCUAUAAUCUGGAUGAGUUGUUCAGUGGACGACAGAUUGAACCCAGCGCGCGGGAGAUCGCCAGCCUGGUGGCCCAGGAGGUGUCCUCGAGCGGAGCUCAGUCGGCCUCGACCGAGGCGCUGAGGCAGCUCGCGUCCAGCUCCCUGCGCCAGCAGGCGGCGCAGGGAGCCUCGCUCUUCUUCACCGGCCGCGCCGUGGCCGAGGACCAGUACAACAUCUUCCAGUCGCUGGAGACGGCCAUGGCGGAGCUGGGCGUGGACGGCAAGUCCUGCCUGUUGCGCACCAUCUGCGAGCUGCAGGAGUCGCCCGUCGCCGAGUGGACAUUCGUCGGCGAGCUGAUCACCUACUUCCUGACGCCGAAGGAGGGCGACUUCUCGUUCAUGUCCGACUACCAGCAGGCGCGCCAGCUGGGCGCCCAGCCAGGCGGCCGCGACCGCUGCCGGCCCGCCUACCCCGAGUGUCCCCUGUCCGUGUUCAACUUCAUCCCGGACAUGCUGGGCGAGGACGCCCUGCUGCCGCUCGGCAACAUCAGCAGGACCAGCGGGUAGUCCGCCGCCGCCCACCGGCUGGGGCGCCAUCCCAGCGUGGAGAUCGGACGCGCACCUCGCUGAGGUCCGCCCGCCGCCAGAGGCGCCCGCGCUAGCGACGGGCCCCUGGCGUCUGCGGCGGGGCAGCGGCGCCCGCUGAGUGGCUGAUGGGGACUGAGAAUCCUGGGCGACACUGGCUGGGCGCAGAGUAUUCAAGUGAGGCCGAGCCGGCUGUUACUCGUGUUUAACAUUGGGUUCAGACGCGUGUGCUGUAUUUUAUGUUGUGGAAAGGUGACGUCUGAAAUCGAAUGAGCCUCUUCCAUCGCAGGCGUGUUUUAAAUGCCGACAUUUCCUUAAACCAAUGGGAAGCACUUGUUCACAAUAUACAAAGGAUGCGAACGACGGCUAUAAUCGCAGCUGACCCCAGGGCUGCGCAAUUACGCCGGGCUUGUCUAUCUGUUAACUGUUGUAUUUGUGACCGUUGUAGAUGACUGUUGUCGGCAGGGCAGACGUGGCUGUUGUAGAUGUACUCAUGUGUGAUAUCUCGUUAUUCAAGUUAGAUUAAAUGCUCGUAAAGCAUGUGACUUGUUAUGCCACUGUAGUGGGUUCAAACCGCCUGUUUGGUUUGGAGAUUCUCAAAGGCCAUUUUCCAAUCAUAGCACAUGCUACUUUUAAAGCACGUCUCUGAACACUGCUCGGCGAAGCCAGCGCACAGGGAAGCUGCAACAUAUACGUGUCGCCAUAAAUAUCAAUACCACUAGAUCGGAACCUAGAACUUAAGAAACUAGAUCGAACACUAGAGCAGCUAUGUCCAGAGUGAGCGGUCGACGCAGGGGGACAUUGUGCAUCGCUGUGUGGUCGGCAUAGAGGGACAAUGUGCAUCGCAUUAAUCUAAACCUUCCUGUAUUAGCGGGCGAGUAUGGUUUAACGAUAUCAUCUACGACCCAAGCAAAUGCGGUAUUGAUUUCAGCUGAUCAGCGCGUGCAUUUCACAAGACAACUGUCGGGUUGUGCUGCCCGUCAUCCGCCCGGCUUAUAACCUGCCCAAUUUGCCUGCGAACCUAUACCAUUUUACAGCUGAUGCACUAGCUGAUGCUCCUCUUUCCAUAUGCACACAUCUGCUUUGAGUUUAACAUAGGUGUUAUCGAUUUAGUUGUGUGUGGGUGUGAGCGGUUAUGAAUUUCGUACCUCAUGACCUGGUUUUGUACGUUUUAUGGCGGCCAAAAAUAUAAAAAAAU